GUUCCAGAAUUUAGAAAAUGUUCGUUUUACCAGAGAGUCAGGCUGAAUGCAAGAAUGACUUCCAAAAAAUUAAGGAUCAAGUCGAAAGUAUCAAAAUGAUCCUACGAUGUGGCAUAUGCUGUUCAACUUUACGUGAUCCAAUUAUGACCACUUGCAAUCACGCAUUCUGCAGGGUUUGUCUGUUUGAGUGCUUCAAAAGGCUUUCACUUAUGCGAUGUCCUAUCUGCAAUAUGACGUUGAAUAAAAGAAGUUGUGCAAGUUGUCCAUUGCUUUCAUCUUUGCUUGAGAAGUAUUUGCCGCUAGCUAAGGCAUUCAAAAACGAUAUUUUGGCUACUGAUUUUGCGAAGGAAAAUGAUUUCAUCGAAAGUCAGAUUCCGAUGACACAAGCUAUAUCAUCACCGCUACAACUUCCUCAAAAUCAGUCGCGAAAGUUGCUAAGAAAGGAAUCAAAAAAUGCGAAGCGCCGUAUUAAUCAUUCGCAACAUAAAUCAGCGAAAAUGCAACGGAUUGAUGAAAUAGAUGAUUCCAACUCGGUAACAGGAAUUUCCGUGAAUACCUAUGCAGGAACAUCAACAGUUAAGCAUAAUCCUUACGUCGCUGAAGAUGCUAUUGUGAGUCGCAGUGCUACUAAGUCGUUAUUCAAACAACUCCAGAUAAAUUCUAAGGAAUCCAGCAAUAGUAUAAAGGAAGCUACAAGUGUUGGGAUUCAAACAGAUGAAAAGGAAAUGCAGCACAAAAGUCAGCAAACCAGUGUGGAAGAUGCUACGUGUUCGCCAUUGUAUGUGAAAGGGUUGAACUUUAAUGCUUCAGCAAUGCAUGAUGGAAAGAUUCAAAUGAACAAUAGUGGAGCAGAUGCUUUGGUUCAGAUAGAAGGGACUGUUAAUUCUGUGUUUGAAGGGAGUAAAAAUCAGUCACGAAUUGAGGUGCUUAUCAAAUGUAUACCAUGGAUACCUGGCUUUCUACGUCUGGGUCGGGAAGCAUUAAUCGAUGCAGUGUGUGAGGCAAAGGCCGAGAAAAAAUUUCGUGAUGAGAACUUUCCUUCGAAAAUUGGUAAUGAUUUGGUUCUCGAAAGCGACGAAGAAAGGGAACUUGCGGUUCCAAUAAACAAUUCUUAUACAAUUGAUUGCUGUCAUAGCGAUGCGCAACAGAGUAAAGGUCGUAAUACUGAACAAAGUACUGUCGCAUUUCUAAAGGAUAAACAAUGUUGUAAAGAAGAUAAUGAAGUGUAUCAUUCAAUGAUGGUAUCUGGAGCAUCGAAACUUGGUGAUCAGUCUUUGCUGCGUCGAUUCUUGGAUAAUUUCUCAUCUUUCAAACUUUCCACAUCAAUAAGUCGGAAGUGUACAUAUCUGGUUAUUUUCAAUACCGAUGGUUUAAUUUGUGAAUUUUGGACAGUGAAAUUAAUUUACGCAUUGGUUAAUCAUUGUACGAUUGUAUCGUAUUCGUGGUUAGAGAACUGCCUCAACCAAAAAAGCAUUCUACCUACGCAUGAUUUUGAAAUUUUAUUGAAAAUAGAUGAGACUCUGAUAGACAUAACCGCUCAACGUGCCCUUACUGAUCCGAGCACUUUAUUCGAUGGAUAUAUAUUUUAUGUCCCUCAGACCUUCUUUAACACACAGUUGAUAGCAAGAGAUGUUUUUUUGGAGAUCGUAGAGUUGAGCGGUGGGAAAACUGUGUCACAUGUUUGGGAGCUUCCCUCCGAACGCAGUUACAUCAUAUUUGCCCCAGACUGUUUUAAUCAAGAUGCUGCUCGAAGAUUUGAACUGGAUAUGAAAAAGGAAGUACUAAAAGCGGAUUGGAUUUUUGCAUCGAUUGGUCAACAUCGCAUCCUAGAUAGAGAGCCUUAUCGCAUUAUUCAUUUGAUGAGCUAAUUGCUUAUAACUGUUUCAUCACUUUCGUUUUGUCCAUAUCUUUCUUAUAAUUUUUUUGCUGUUUAUUCAUAGUUGUUAUGGG